CUCGCUGUCAGACAGACGGCAGCUCACAACCGCGCUGCUGGUGCUGCUGGUGCUGCUGCUGCUGCUGUUACUGAUACCGUGAUAGACGAGAAGUUGAUCGAGGCGGACGGUUGGGCCGACGGACGGACGGACGGGCCGAGGGAUAUAUAGAUAGACAGAGAGGGACAGAAAGAGGGAGGGAAGGACGGAAAAGAGGGACAGGGGAGACGCAGACGGCCUCGAACUGUCGACGGACGAGGGCCGGGCCUUCGAAUUGUACUCGCAGUUUUUUGAAGAGAGAGGGAGGGAGAGAAAUAGAGGAAAAAAACAAGUUUUCGAAACCCCGAUCGAUCGCUUCGUUCUAAGAAAAUUGACAGCAACGAGGCCGAUAGGAUCGGACGACGCACGUUUAAAAGGGCGAAAUAGAGGAGGACGAAAUCGAAAUCGUUUAGUUCAAGUUUAAACCGGUGCCGUCGUAGCAUAAGGACGUCCGUUUGAACCUGCCAAGGAUACGCUGGGCACUCGAAAGGACCAGGCAUGAGCACGGGGGAGCCUGCCGGCGAGGGGGGAGGGGGAGGCGGCGAAUCGACUCCCGGGGGCGACCAGAGCGCCGGCACGACGCAGACCGGGGCCCAAAUCCACCCCCCGCCUUCGCCCCUGAGCGGCUGCUACCUCCUCGUGGUUUUGCCGGAACCGCACACCGCACAACACAAGGAUUUGAUCAUUAACCGUCUUGCGAAAGGAUUCCUUUCGUGGGAUAAAGAUAGUUGUCAUGUGGACUUGGAGAAAGAAUUGCAGGCUUUGGUUACACAAGCGCCGGAAGGAGAAGAAGCCCGAAAUGGUGAGCGACUGAUUCAGUACGCGACGGAGAACCUCGUGACGGAGGUGCUGAUACACCCGCAGACGAACACACUGCUUCAGUGUAUCCGCAACCUCCUCGCUAGCUUUACCAAACAUAGACACAUCAUUCACGCCGGCUAUACGUUCAGCGGAAACGGUUCCUGGAUACUGCAGGAUGGAACCUUCAGCCUGGCUGACUUCUUGGACGCCUUCGGCGAGCAUGAGGUACAGCGGGUUCUUCGCGCGUACGAGAACAGCGUCACCGUUGACAUACAUUGCGCGGGUGUCGGCGACUGGACGACUUCACGACUGUCGAAGGAAGCCUGCACCAGGUCAUGCAGAGUUCGAGUAAAUCCAGAUGACGUUCUCACCGCCGGGGUUCCGGCAAUAUCAAGCUUCACAAAUUACGUUGGACAGUAUCUAAUUGCCCAGACGUUGGAUCAGCUGAUGGAGCCGUCGGAUGUCGUCGGUAACAUCCGGUUCAGCCACCCAACUCUCUACGUAUUCCCCGGCGGGCAGGGUGACGCUGCCCUCUUUGGAAUAAACGGGUUCAAUAUGCUAGUCGACGGUGGCUUCGCCCGGAAGGCCUGCUUCUGGGACUUCGCCCGGCACUUGGAUCGCCUCGACGCGGUACUUCUAACCAGAGUUAACAACAGUAACAUCGGCGGUAUGUCGAGCGUCUUGCGGAAGAAACAGGAAAUGCACGUCUACCCCCAGAUUGGACAUUUCUUUUGCAAUUUGGUGGAACGACGACAGGCAAACUCUCCAGACGGCGACAAGGAUGUCGAUCCGUUGAUAUUGAACCUGACUGAUCUUGGCCAGGAAAUGAUGGUCAAUCUUCGACACAUCAAUCUGCGAGCUCAUCCCUGUUACAGGGACUUGGAUCCCAUCAAUCUUUACCAUAAGGUGGGUCAUGGUACCCUCGAUAUGUAUGUUUUGAGCCCGAGCAAGGACACUCGAGAAGUCAGGGAGUUCCUUACAAAGUGGCAGAAUUCAGACUCUAAGCUGUUCGCUGGAUCCCACAAAAAGGACUCGAAUAACUUGACGUUUCCGAUACAAAAUUUGGUCUCAAUCUGUGCGCUGGUAGUCUGGCAGCCGGCUAACCCUGAGGAUACAAUAACGAGAAUAUUGUUCCCCGGUAGCACGCCGCAGAGUAAAAUAUUCGAAGGAUUGGAACGGCUAAAGCAUCUGGAGUUUAUGAAACGGCCUAUUUGCACGGCCAAGAAUUUAUCGCCCUCGGCGUCGCUCGCUGUUCUCAAAGAGAAGUCGAACAGACAGAAGACGUCGAUAAUUGAGAAAAGUAUAGACAAGGAUAAGGAUAAGGAUAAGGAUAAGGAUAUUAAGAGAAUUUCGGACUAUAGGAAGGAGAAGAAGGAAACUUCUGAACCAAAGACUGUUAAAGGGGUUGAGGAACCCACUGCGAAGCCGGCCGUCACCUCGACACCAAUCAUUCCAACAAAGCAGUCGGCUAAGGUAGACGUGAAGGCUAAAAAGGUUGUAGAAAAUAAGAAGAUAGAGAAGGAAACGAUUAAAACGGAGAGUAGAAAGAUAGAAAGGGAUCUGAAGGAGGUUAAAAAGGACGGCGCAAAGAAGGAGGUGAUUAAGGUAGAUAAGCAUGACAGUGAAACGAAAAAGACUGAUGUAGUUAAAACGGAAACUGAAAAGACUGUAAUUACUAAAGAAUCGAAACCAAAACCCGAGCCAAAAAAGAAGGAUAUUAAAGAAGCUAAAACACUUGUUAAGACUAAGGUAGAACCGGUUACCAAAACGGCAGCUAAAUCGGCAGCUGAGAAGAAACUCAAGCCAUCCAUUGAUAAGAAAGACGUCAAAUCGUCCCCAACGACUCCGAAAAAAAUUGUCAAUGGCACUGCGACCAAGACGGAAAUCACAAAGACCAGUACCAGAACUGUUUCAAAAACAACUUCCAGAACAGUGUCGGCGAUGCCGGCAAAAAGUGCGAAGGACGCGACGAACCGCAAGGUCGUCGAAUCUAAGAACAUCGCGUUGUCGUCGGCGCCGGCAACCACCGGUGCGAAGACACCGUCGGUCGUUGCUAAACCAAAAUCAACGGAGCGGAAACCGAUAAGCAGACGAACGCGAACCGGGAGUCCAAUAAAGCAGCGACUGCCUGGCAGUCCCGCUAAAUCAACGCGAAGCAUCCCGGCGUCAUCUGUCAAGUCGGAAAAAGAGGGGAUUAUCCGGCGACCGAAGAGUAACAAGGGAACGACGGAUUCUUCCGCCAUUUCGACGCCUUCGGUAGUCGAGCCUGAGAGUGUUAUUAAACUGGCCGACAAGAGUCUCACCGAGAAGUCUGAUGACAUUUCCGUCGAUUCCAUAGAAAGUAAGGUACUCGCUGACCUUAAAGAAGAGCGGGAAGUUGUCGAGGAGAUCGAGGCUGUGCUCAGCAAGGCGGAGAGAAACGAAAUCGCUCGCAAGGAGGACCAGCUUGAGGGUGAUGAUGAAAUAACCGCCGAGGCUACUGACAAGAAGGAAGAUGACGUGACGGAGGAAGACGUCACAGCCGAGAUAGAAGAUGUGCCCAAGAAAAUGGACUCCCGAAAGGAAAGUCAGGAGUUCACCGAGGAGGACGAGUACUUGAUUGUUGAAAAGGAGGAAAUUUAUACAGAAGAUUCUGCCGGUCUGAGCGGCGAAGGAGAACAGAAGCAUUUCCUCGAUGAAGUCGAGUCUGAGAAGGUGAACAAGUAUGGAGUAUCCAAGGGCGUGGACCUUCCCGAAGAGGAAGAAGCGAAGGAGAAAGACGAGACAGAGGAGAAGGAGAAAGACGAGCAGCCGGAAAAGAAACUACUGUUUCAGGAUGAAGAGGAAAAGAAAAAACCUGCGGAUAUGUCGCCGGUGCAUAAAGUCCAGCUUGAGGGUCAGGUCAAGGACAUUAUUGCGUCCGCGACAGACAUAGUCCAGAAAACGGACGACCGUGAUGAUUCUAGGAAAAAAGACAGCGAUAACGUUACGAAGGAGCCGUCAAGCUUGAGUCCAGACAAGCUUGAUUCAUCGGAGAAAAAGACUACCGACACAGACCUGAAGCCAGAAGCUGAUCAGAAAGAUCAGAUGCCUGAAAAACUUGAAGAAUCCCAGGAUCGCGUUUCCACUUUGGAAUCCGGAGGGACGACGACAGCUCCGACGUUGCCGGAAGAUGAACGGAUUCCAUUGGAUGAGAUAAAAGAAGACGUUGACGAGAAACACGUAAAGGAAGAAGUUAAAGAGAAAGAAGUUGAGCUAGUCAAGGAGAAGGUACCUGCAGUUCCACCUCCCGUGCCAAGCGUAAUGAUGAAAAGUUUUCUCAUUCGUGAAACGAUACCUGCUGUUCAGAGAGACAUUGUUAAAACACCGGAUGAAGUUGCCGAUCUUCCCGUACAUGAAGAGGUUGAUCCGAAACUUUACGACAUGGAAGAAUUCGACAAAGCUAAGGACGAAAAGGUACCCCAAACUCCGGAGGCUAAAGAGCCCCCUACACCUCCGAUUAAAGAACAAAAGGGAAUGUUCAGUUUCUUCGGCAAGGUUGCCGACAAGUUUGAAAAGGGUAUGGACAAGCUGACUGGAAAAUCCAAGAAAGAUACGGAGAAGGAGACUGAUGAGAAAUCGUCAAAGUCGAGUUCCCCGAAGGAGACGAAACCUCAAGAAAGGACUGAGGCCGUGCAAGAAGUUGACAUGGGGAAAGUUUUUGCCAAGGUUGGAAAGAUCGAGCCUCACGACACUUUCGAGAAGGCAAAACCACAGGCUCCGGCUGACAUUAAAGUUGCUGCCAUAAAAGAGACGGCGUCAUUUUUACAGCAGGAGAUAAGAGAAAGUAAAAUAGACACGGCACCUGGAAUAGAGACUGAUAUUCCAGCUGGCGUAGAGGGCGUCAAAACGUCUCUGCAUGCAGAGACAUUGCUCAGUGAUAUCCAGAAAGAUAUCACUCCGGUAUUGGAUGCAGGAAUUGAUAGUUUGGCGAAGAAGCAACCGUCGGUGAAAGAUGAUAUCGUCGGUGAAGAUCUCGCCGAAGAUACUAAAGAGGUAGAAGCACUGUUAGAGGAAGCGUCCAAAAAAUUCGUCACGGUUAAAGAUAGCCUGAGAGACUCUCUUGAAUCUUUGGAGGAGAAAAUCGCAGAACAAAUCAUCGAUGAAGUACAGCCAAUAAGUCCAAAAGACUCGGUCAAGAGCACGCUGACGGGAGUAGUAGAAAAAUUAGAGGGAAUCAAACCACACGUUGAUGACGUUGUCGCUGCGGACUCUAAAGAGCCGGAAAGAGUGAAAUUCGAAAUCCCAAGGGAUGAUGAGGAUGCUGACGAUGACGGAGAUGCUUCCGAAGAAUACGAGGGCCCUGUGAGAGAUCUUAAGGAAGCGGUCCGAGAUGUGGGCGAAGUGUUGGCUGGCACGGCCGGCAUUGUAAUCGACGAUAAGCCGAAAGACGUGAUUGAAAUAGUAAAGAAGGUCGCUGAGGUGCUGAAAGAGGACAACUUUUUGUCGGAGCAAGCUCUUUUCGAAACGGUUAGUUUAAAAGCUAUAAAAUCUGAAGAAAUCACUCCGACAAAGCCUGAAAAAUCUGCUGACCUUAAGCCGAUGAUCGAAGACAUAAUUAUGCCGAAAAAAGUGGGAGUUACAGAGGAACUUCCUCCUCAGGAAGAGAUCGAGGAAAUGCUGGAAGGUGGAAUUGCCAGACCUCUGCCAGAUUACGAGAGAGCCGGUGGAAUGGAAGUGGAGGAAGAGCCGUUCGUGAAAAUGGUCAAAGAUACCAAGGUCGAAUUGACCUCACCGAUCAACGAUAAACAUCCUAUUGGUGAAGAUGUGCACGAUUUGUGCUCACAGCUGAUGGAUGAUACGAAAGAUAAGAAAGUAGUCACUCCGAAAGAGUCUCCAAAGGAGCAUGAAGGGAAAAUUGACGUAAUGGAGGCUGGAAUAGAAGAAGUAUGCACAAAGAAAGUGGCAAAGCGAGACGUGUCCGAAGAGGGCAUUCAUGAAGCUGAAGACGAUGAAGUUGAACAUCCCGAGAUAUUGUUUGAGCAGAAAUUAUCACCGGCACAAGCCGAACUUGUAAUGGUGACACCGGAUACAGCCCCAACAUCACCAAAAUUUACUAGUGAUAAAAUUUACGACAAAGAAUUGGAAGACGCUGUCAGCGAUGUUUCUAAGGUUCCUGGAAUACCGAAGGAUAUUGAAGAGUUCAUCAGCAGUAAGGCUGAUGUUUACGAUAUCGUUGAUGAAGUGAUUAAAAAGGGUAAAAAAAUAACUAUAGAAAUCAUUGAAUAUAUUGUGAUUGUAAAGAGAGUCUCGAGAGAGCAUGUGAUAUACAUUAUUGAAGAGAUUAUUAUAAAUAAAGGUAUUCCUCCAGAAAGUGUGGUAGAAGAUAUUGAAAUUCUCAAAGGUCAGGACUCCGACGAUCUGAUGAUAUCCUCGGUAAAACGAGUUGAAAUCGAAGAAUAUAUUAUAACCGAAUACAUAAUGAAAGGUAAAAAGAUAACUGUACAAAUAAUAGAAGAAAUUGCAAUCAAAAAAGUUGUUCCUAAACGAGUUAUCAUUGAAAUCAUAGAAGAGAUAAUCAUUAAAAGAAAAAUAUCCAGAGAAUCAGUCUACGAAAUUGUUGAAGAGGAAUUUAUCAAACAGGUCAGACCGAUCUACGACGAAUACGAUAGGGAGCCCUCUGAAAAAGCGCCAGUUACAGUUGAUAGUAAAGACGAACAUGUAAUCGGGGCUGAAAAGCCGGAGAUAACAGAUGAAAAAUUGAGUCCGAAACAUAUAACUCCUCCAGAAGUAAAAGAAGUAUUGCCAAAGGCAGAUCAAGCAAAAACUCUAGAAGAAGUUUCGAGUCGACCAGAAACCUCAAAAGAGAAGGAUGCACCGUUUUUCGAUGAAAAAGACUUAGAUGAAGGUAAACUGUUCGACGAUUUCGUAAAUAUUCCUUCCAAGGAUGUAGUGAUCAAUUUCCUACACGAAGAGCGAAGACUGUCACAUGAAGAACACGUUACUGGAAAGAAGGAUUCUUCCAAAGAAUUCUUGCCAGCUUCGAAAACGGAAGUAACUGAUGACACAACAAAAGAUUCAGGCGAUGAUUUUGAAGCUGUAGAACAGGAAUACAAAGUUCACGAUAUCACAACGACUACUGCAACGACGUUCCAUGGAAUAUCUGAUUUCAAACAAAACGAUGAAGUGUUGGAAGCCGUUGAAGAUAAUUUAGAUGAAGUUGUUGAAGCAGCUGAAAAGUUCGUUGAAGAAACCAAGGAGAAGCCGGUGGAUUUAAAAGAGACUCCUGUUUCUGAUGAAGUCACUCAUAAAGCCCCGGAAUCUCCUGUCAAGUCCAAAACUCAGUUGAUUCCUGGUGUUAAGGAUGACAAAACUCGCCCAGACACCCCUGAUGAGAAAGUCAGUUUUGCAGAGAGCAAAUUAAAAGAUGUUAGCGAUGAAGCAGACGAUGACAGUGUGUCUAAUGUCACUUCACUAAUUGCCUCAGAAAUUUCGAUAACCACGGAAAAAUACCUUGACGAGGCCAAAGAAAAGCCAACGGUUAUCACGAGUUCUGUUCCCGAAGAGCUGAAGGACGCAAAAAAAACUCUUGAUGACGUUGAACACAUUAUCGCGGAUGUGUCGGACAAAAUUUACGACACCAAGAGUCCGUCUGAAAAAUUGGAUAAACCUGAACCUAAGACUAGUGAUAUUUUACAUGAAAUCAAGACAGACGAUCAUGCCUUAAAAACGAUUACUGAUAAACAAAUCGUUGAUCUGAAAGGCGAGGUGAAGGAACCGUUAAAAGAAGAGGAGACACACGUCAAAGACGAUAAAAUUAGAUCCCCCGAAAAUGAUAAGGGAUACAAAAUUGAGCUUACGGACGACCUAAAAAAGGAAUUGAGAACCCCUAAGGGCAAAGAUAUCGAGGAUGCGAUAUCAGAAAUUACUCCAGACUCCAAGAAGCUGAUUGGAGAACAAAAAUCUGACGUUGACACUAAUGAUGCAAAAGACCACAUCUCACCAGUCGGUGAAAAAAUUGAGCUCGUAGACAGGACGACCCCCGAACCUGCAGAUAUCCAAAAAACCAUCAGUCAACAAAGUGUAAAAGAUGAAAGUCAAACUCCUGUUGAUGUAACGAAAAAUACUCGGGAAGUCUCGGAGAAGACAGACGGAUUAAAGGACAAAGAGAUUGUUCCUGAAAUGGCAGGUGUUAAAAUACUCGACACAAGUGAAAUUGUAGAUCUGAAGCAACUGGGGGAAGCUUCCGAAAAACAAACACAUUCUCCAAUCGACGCUGCUGAUACAAAGUUUGUGGAUAGCAGCUGUUUUAAUAUAAUUGAGCAAGAAAUUCCGCAAGCUCCAGUGAAGCAACCAUUGGACGCGGAGCAUAGAUUAGAAGACAAAUUGAUAAAACCGAAACCCUUAGAUGACAGAGUGAGAGAUGCUGACAUUAGUGACGAAGAACCCCAGCAUAUUGCUAGGAAGACGCGAUCAACAACAGAAGAUUUCCUGGAUUCUGAGAUCUUGAAACCAAAGGAUAUUGACUCGAAACCUACAGAACUCGUGAAGAAACCUCUCGAUGCAACAUCGAGUGCACAAGAGAACGAAAAGGUUGAACCAAUGGAUUUAGGAAAAUCAGAAUCACUCCCUGAAUCAACGCAGAAGCCCGAAAAGGUGGGAAAAAGUUCGGGAGUAGAAUCGAAAGAUGUGGAAGAUGACGAAGAUGACAAGGAAUCUAGCACUGUACGGCGAAUGGUUGUUACUGCCAGCAGCGAGGACGGUGGUGACGAAACAGAGCUUUGCCCAACGGGCAGCAUCACAUUUGUAAAAUCUGUUACUCCAGAAGAUUCUUUGAGAGAUAUUUCCACAAAGUCAACUCCGAACACAGACUCAUUGCAACUGGAAAAAGAUUCUUUGUUUUCUGGGAAAAGCUCACCAGAAAAGGAUAGCAUUUCCGAAAAGUCUGUGUCAGAAUUAAAAGAUGAUAAGGUAACUCCUGAAGAUAGUCUUGAAAAAUCCGUCGCUAAAGAAAUGAAACCAGCCGUUUCUGAAGAUGCAACUGCCAAAUCACCGACUGAAGCUACGCAAAAGGUGCACGAGGAAACAGCCUCUUUACCUUCGGAAAAAAUUUCUGAGAAGCCAACAGAAAAAAUUUCGGAGAAACCAACACAAGAAGCUCCGCUUAAGUUAACGGAUGAACUGAUGGAGAAAUUGACGGACAAAAUUCUCGAACCACCGACGGAUAAGUUGAAACAACAAGUACCCGAAAGUCCAACAAAAGACUCUCUGAUUAAGGAAGCGCAAAUACUUCCAGCGAAAUCAAAUGAAGAACUUUCUGAACAGCUGACAGAAAAAAUUCCAGAGAAACUAAUACAAGAAGCUUCCGAAAAGUUGGCAGAUACAAUUGUGAAUAAACCAAUAGAAAAUGUUCAAGAUCUACUUACAGACAAAUUGAAGGAUGAAAUUAUGGAAAAGCAAACGGAUGAGAUUCCGAAAAAGCCGGCAGAAGCAAUCCCAGAUAAAGCAACUGAAAAACUUUCCGAAAAGAUAACAGAAAAAAUUCCUAAAAAACUACCGGCGGAGGUUUGCGAGAAGCCACAGUCCGAAGUUCCAGGACAGAUUACCGAGGAGAUUCUUACAAAACCAACCGAGACCAUUCCGGUUAAGUCAACCGAAACAACUUCCGAACAAUUAACGGAUAAGGUUCCGGAGGAACCGAAGGAAAGCGUUUUGGAAAAGCCAGCAGCGAAAUUCACUGAACCGUUGGAGAAAGUCGAAGAAAAACCGAAGGAUGAAGUAACAGAAAAACCAAAAGAAGAGGUUACAGAAAAGCUGCAGGAAGUAACUCCAGAAAAAGUAACAGAAAAAUUGACUGAUCAGCCAAUCGAGAAAAUUACAGAACAGCUGAAGGAAACUGUUCUAGAGAAACCAUCAGGGAAACCCACCAAGCAAUCGGAGGGUAUGGAAAAACUGCAGGAUGCAGGACUAGAAAAAUUAACGGCGGAGGUUUCUGAAAAACCGAAGGAAGCAAUUCCAGAAAAAAUCACAGAAAAGUCACCUGAGCAGCCGAUCGAAAAGAUUCCAGAACAGCUGAAGGAAGAAGUUACCGCGAAAUCAAUUGAAAAAGUGUCUGAGCAGCCGUGCGAAAAGAUUCCAGAGAAACUUGAAGAAGAAGAAAAACCAGUAGAAAAAUUGGCGGAGCAUCCGCAAAAGAUUUCAGAAAAGUUAACGGAAGAAAUUUCAGAUAAAAUAGCCGAAAAAAUUACUCCUGAAACGCCGACGGAGAUUCCUGGACUGAAAUCACCUGAGCCAACCCAUUCAGAAGAAAUAUCUCCAGCCAGCACGAUUUUCGAGAAAUCGUCGGGUGAGAUGUAUCCGGAAACAGUAGAAAAAGAAACAACGGGUACGUUGGCUGAGAAAGAUCGUGAAGACAAAUCUCCAACUGCGAAACCGAGUACCGUCUGUGAAAAAUUGGAAAUAAAAGAUUCUACUGUUGAGGCACCAAAGGACAAGUCACCGAUAUCUGAAAAGGCAGCUGAUGAAGUCAAGUCGUUCAGCGUCGCUCCCGAUGAGUUGGAACUACAGGAAACGCCCGAAGCAGAAACAGAACAGAAAGAAAAACCCUUAUCUCCCACAGUUGAUGAAAAAAUGGUGAUAUCCACCUUGCCUAGUAUUGCUCCACAGAAGCCAGAUGCCGAACACGUUACUUCCGAGAAGUUAGAGAAACAGAAAUCUCCAUCUCCAACGAGCGGAAAAUCAAUAGACGUACUUAAAUCACCUGGCGUCGCCUCGGACAAACAGAAGGAAGAAGAUAUCCUCUCUGGUGAAUUACCGAAGGAAAAAUCUCCAUCUCCAGAAACUGAUAAAUCUCGAUCACCCAGUAUUACCUUUGGGAAAUUAGAUCAAGAAGAUGCUGCUCCUGUUGAGCUACAGAAAGAUAAGGUGUCGACGCCAACUAUGGAUGAAACAGCUGAUAAGUCACGCUCACCUAGCUUGACUUCGAACAAAUUAGACGAUAAACAUGCGCCGGUAGACAAAAUCUCCGAUGAGAAAGCUUUGGAGCUUACUAGCGAAGUAAAAACUGAUGACCCUACAAUUCCCGAAAAGAUACAUGAGAAAGAUACACCGGGCGAUGAAAUGCAUAAAGACCAAAUACCGUCGCCAGCAUCUGACAAAGAAUCGAAAACGCCAAGCGAUGUUUCUGUAAAACUAGACGAAAAAGAUAUUACGGUAAGUCCGGAGCAGAAGGAUAAGUCUACGUUCCUACCGACUGAUGAUAGAUCCCAAACACCUAGCAUUUCAUCGGAAAAAACAGAGGCACAAGUUGAUGAGUAUCUAACGCCCAGCAUUACCACAGAUACGUUGGAGAAAAAAAGAGUUCCUGAAGAAGAAGCGUCAAAAGACAAGUCUCCGUCUCCCUUGGCUGACGUCAAACCGGAUCAGUCUCACAUACCUAGUCUGAUUGCAGAGAAAUCUAUUGAAAAAGUUUCAUCUGAAGAUAGAUCUCCGUCACCGACUACAGGUGAGGUAACGGAGGAAACUGGAAAGCCCAGAAUCAAUGCUGAAAAGUUAAUUGAGAAGGAAAUUCAUGAUGAUAAAUUAGACAAGGAUAAAUCUCCUUCUCCAACCACUGACAAAGAUGCUGACAAAACCAGGAAACCUAGUAUAACUUCUGGAAAAAUAGAUGAGCAAGAUGUGCCACAUUAUAUUCAGGACAAAUCUCCCUCCCCAACUGCAGACCAUGACGCUGAAAAACUGCGUAAGCCCAGCAUCACUUCUGACAAGCUAGAUGACAAAGAAAUUUCUGACGUGGAAAUGCAGAAGGAGAAAUCCCCAUCUCCUAUCACUGAUUUGAAAAAAGACGAAGCUCAAGCGCCAAAAGUCACUCUCGAACAGCCGGAUGACAAAGAUGCUCCUCAAACAGAGUUACCCGGGGAUAAAUCUCCUUCUCCAACCACUGAAAAAGUCACUAUUGAUUCGCAAAAGCCCAGUAUUACUUCUGAAAAACUGGAUGACAAGGAUCAAAAGGAGAAAUCUCCAAUCCCAGCAAGUUUAACAACUCUGGAUAAACAAGAUACACCAGAUGAGAAAAUACUGAAAGAUUCCCCGUUAUCAGUCUCACACGCAGAAACAGAGGAAAAGUUCCCUAUUCUAAAUACAGAUCGGGUUAUGGAUGAAAGUCGCAAACCCAGCCUCACAGCUGAUGAUAAGCCAGAUGAUAAGGUACACCAAGAUAAAUCUCCUUCUCCCACUUCUGGCCUAGAUACUUCCAAAUCUCGAAAACCCAGUAUACCCUCCAAUCGACCAGAUGAAAAAGAUAUUCUCGAUGACGAAUUGCUAAAGGAUAAAUCUCCAUCGCCAUCGAGUGAUAAAAUAAGUGAUAAGUCUCGGUCACCAAGUAUCGCUGCUGAGAAACCAGACGAAAAAGAUAUCUCAGAAAGCAUGGUACACAAGGAUAAAACCUCAUCCCCAACAAUCGGUGACGAGAUUGAGAGUCAUCCUAGAACUCCGAGCAUCAGUUCAGAUAAAUUGGACUAUGACGACACUCCGGAUGCAAAUGUAAUUAAGGACAGAUCUCCAUCUCCAUCGACUGAUAAAAUAAAUGAUAAGUCUCGGUCACCAAGCAUUGUUGCUGAUAAACCAGAUGAAAAAGAUAUCCUAGAAAGUAAAGUAUCCGAAGACAAAACUUCAUCCCCAACAAUCGGUGACAAGAUUGAGAGGCAUUCUAGAACUCCGAGCAUCAGUUUAGAUAAAUUGGAGGAUGAGGACAUUCCCGAUGCCAAAAUAAGUAAGGACAGAUCUCCAUCUCCAUCGACUGAUAAAUUAACUGACAAGUCUAGGUCACCAAGCAUCGCUGCUGAGAAACCGGACGAAAAAGAUGUCCUAGAAAGUAAAGUAUCCAAAGACAAAACUUCAUCACCAACAAUCGGUGACAAGAUUGAGAGGCAUUCUAAAACUCCGAGCAUCAGUUCAGAUAAAUUGGACGAUGAGGACAUUUCCGAUGCAAAAAUAAGUAAGGACAGAUCACCAUCUUCACCGACUGAUAAAAUAAGUGAUAAGUCUCGGUCACCAAGUAUUGUUGCCGAGAAACCAGACGAAAAAGAUAUCCUAGAAAGUAAAGAAUCCAAAGACAAAACUUCAUCCCCAACAAUCGGUGACAAGAUUGAGAGGCAUUCCAGAACUCCGAGCAUCAGUUCAGGUAAAUUGGACGAUGAGGACAUUUCCGAUGCAAAAAUAAGUAAGGACAGAUCUCCAUCUCCAUCGACUGAUAAAUUAAGUGACAAGUCUAGGUCACCAAGCAUCGCUGCUGAGAAACCAGAUGAAAAAGAAAUUCUAGAAAGCAAGGUACAUAGGGACAGAACUCCAUCGCCGACAGUUAUUGAUGCAGUCUAUCCUCACUCUCGAACUCCUAGCAUCACUCCAGAGCAACUGGCUGACAAGAAAAUUUCUGAUGACAUGAUAAUUAAGGAUGCAUCUCCGUCUCCGUCAUCAGAUAAAAUAGGUGAAAAAUCUUGGUCACCGAGUAUCACUUCUGGGGCACCGGAUGAAAGAAUAAUUGCGGAACGAAAAGAUGAAAAGGAGAAGACUCCGUCCUCGAUAACUGGCGAUAAAACUGAUCGUCACUCUCGAACUUCUAGCAUCAGCUCUGAAAGACUAGAUGAUAAGGAUAUUGCUGAAGAUAAGAUAAUUACAGAGCGGCCAGCGUCUGCAGAAGUAGAUAAAAUAACUGAAAAACCUUCUGAAAAAUCAGAUGAUAGAGAUAUUCCUGAAAGCAAGCUGCAGAAGGACAAAACUCCGUCCCCAACGAUUAGCGAUAAAACUGACCAAGCUCCCAGUAUUAGUCCUGACAAAUUAGAUGCAAAGGAUAUUCCUAAGGAUAAAAUAUCUAAGGACGGAUCUCCGUCUCCAACAACAGAUACCGUGAGUGAAAAAUCUCGGUCACCUAGUGUAACUUCCGAAAAACCAGAUGAGAUGGAUAUACUUGACAGCAAGUUACAUAGGGCUAAAACUCCGUCCCCAACGACUGACGUCAAAACUGACCAAACUUAUAGUAUGAGUCCUGACGGACUGGAAGUCAAAGAUAUUCUUGAGGAUAAGACAAUCAAGGAAAAGUCUCCGUCUCCAACAACAGAUAAAAUGAGUGACAAGCCUCAGUCACCUAGUAUCACGUCCAAAAAAUUAGUUGAGAAGGACAAUCUUGAUAGUGAAUUGAAAAAAGACAAAUCUCCGUCCCCAACGACUGACGAUAAAACUGACCAACAUUCGCGAUCUACUAGCAUUAGUUCCGAGAAACUAGACGUCAAAGAAGAUCUGGAAGGCAAGGUGCCAAAGGACAGAUCUCCAUCUCCACGAACUGAGGAAACAAGUGAGAAAUCACGUUCACCAAAGGACAAAACUCCAUCGCCAACGAUCGUUGACACAGCCGAACGUCACUCUACAGAUUCUAGUAUCAGUUCUGAUAAACUGGAUACCAAAGACAUUCCUAAGGAUGAGCUAUCCAUGGACAAAUCUCCGUCUCCAUCAGCGGAUAAAAUAAGUGAUAAGUCUCGGUCGCCUAGCAUCACUUCCGAGAAACCAGAUGAAAGAGACGUCGAUGAAAGUAAGUUGCAAAAGGACACAACUCCGUCCCCAACAACUAGUGAUAAAAUUGAACGACACUCUCGAACUCCUAGUAUCAGUUCUGUGAAACUAGACGACAAGGACAUUCCAGACGUCAGUAAACAAAAAGAUAAGUCUCCGUCUCCCACUACCGAUAAAGCCACUGACAAGCCUCGAUCACCUGCAUUGAUUUCUGAGAUUCCUGAUGAACAAGAAAUCUCUGAAACUGAAGUGCAAAAGGACAAAUCCCCAACUCCAACAAUUGAGGACAAGACCGAUCGUCACUCCCGUACCUCUAGUAUCAGUUCUGAAAAAAUGGUAGAAAAAGAUAUUUCUGACGACAAGUCACUGAAAGAUAAAACUCCAUCUCCGACUGUUGACGAAUUGACGGUCAAUUCUCGCAUCCCCAGCAUCGUGCCCGAUGAACUAGGUGAUCAGCAUAUUUCAGGUGAUUCUCUACGGAAGGACAAAUCUCCUUCUUUAACACCGGAUAUAGAUGUUCACAAGUCACGAGCAUCCAGCAUUAGUUCUGUAAAGCUGGAUGAAGAAGCUACUUCUGAAUUUGAAUCUCAGAAAGACAAAUCUCCUUCUCCACCUUCUGGUAAAGUUGGUGAACAGCCAGAUAAGAAAAAGCUUGAUGAUGACGUACUAAAAGGAACAGCUCCUUCACCAACAGUGGACAAAAUUACGGAUGAUUCAAAGCGAUCCAGUGUUACCACUGACAAAUUAGAAGCAGUCGCUACUCAUGCUGACAAACUACCAAAAGAACAAUCCCCACCCUCAUUGAUCGAUGAUAAAAAACCAAAAUCUCCAGGAUCUAGUGUCUUUAGUGAUAUUCCCGGUGAGAAAUCUAGGUCACCUAGUAUGUUCUCCGAUAAAUCGGGUGACGAAGACAUUCCUACUCACGAAAUUUACAAGGAUACAUCUCCAGUCCCAACUGAUGAUAAAGUCACCGAUGGAUCCCCAAAGCUGGAUAUUACCGAUCACAAGACAGAAGAAAAGAAUCUUCCUAAAGAACAUGUUGAAGCACACGAUAAGCCAGAAGACAAACCAGCGGUAUGUGAAACUCCUAUAAAGAAAUUGGAAGUUAGUGAUGUCCCUGAAGAUAAAGAGGAUACGGAAAAAUCACUCCUGCCGAAUACUGAUGCAUUUGACAAAACCAGGUCUCCUAGUAUAUCCACCGAAGAACCUGAAGUAAAAGAAAAAUCCCAGAGUCCCAGUCCUACCAGUGAAAAGUCUGAUGCCAAAAAACUUGAUCUGAAAAUAGAAAAAGACAAAUCUCCAUCUCCUGUGGUCGAAAAAGCUACAUAUAAAUCUAGGUCACACAGUAUUGAAAGUGAAAAAGGUGACGUCAGCAUGUCAACCGAAGAACCAAAACCCCAUGAUAUUUUCGAUGACAAGUUUGAUGCCAACCUUGACGAAAAAUCUUCGAUAUCAUCACUCAGCCCUAGUAAAGUGAGUGACGUGCUCGAAAAACUGCCUAGUGCCCUCGAAGAUCAGCCCGAAACAAAACAUGCUGCUCACGAUGGUGAAACAAAAAUCACCGAAGACGACAAAGCGGAAUCUGUGUCAAAACCAUCUAGUACCGCUAGCGAUUUAUUGGAUGAAGUAGUUACUCAAACCCACGAAAAAGACGAUUUACCAAAAUCUCACAGCCCGUUGACACAGACGCACGACACAUUUAACGUUGAAGAUUUGACACCGACUCACCAGCCGGAAACACCCACUCAACUUUUCGUAAAGCCAGACGAUAAAGAGAGUAAGUCUCCGUUACCUAGCACUGAUGCAUUAACGGACAAACCUCGUUCACCGAGUAUCGUUGGUGAACAAUUAAAAUCUCCCAGCACCAAGUCACAGGCAAUAGAACCGAUGGAAACCGAUGAAAUUCCUGAAUCGCUUGCUGACGGAUCGGUUUAUGACGAACCGAAAUCUCCCAGAGAUAGAUCGCUUAGUCAUGACAGGUCUCCGAUGGACCGCUCCAGAUCUCAUAGUCUGUUUGAUUCAGGAGACAGAACACCUUUGGGACGUUCCAGAGCAGCAAGCUUAUUUGACGAUAAAUUGGAAGACAGGAUCGCGCUAUUAGAAUUUGACAGUCACGCGACACGACUUAGUAUUUCUGAAGAAACUGAUGAGGAUCGAUUACCACAAAAGGUAGAUGACUCCAAACCCGGUUCGAAAUCGCCCAGCGUUGGUAAUCUCGAAAGUCCAAGAACUUCAAUUGCCACCGAUCUCAAGAGCACUGAUUUCCCAUCUGCCAAGCGACUGGAAAUCGAACAGUAUAUACUUGAAGAGUUCAUAUUGAGAAACAGAAAGGUAACAUCAGAAAUUAUUCAAGAAAUCGUGGUGAAAAAAUCAGUUCCAAGAUACAUUGUCAUCGAGAUUAUCGAGGAAAUAAUUAUCAAGCGAAAGAUUCCCAGAGAAUCUGUGAUUGAGGUUCUCGAGACCGAAGAACUCGAGCCGGAGGAUAUGAAAGUUCAACCAAAGCAGACAGCUCUUGAAACAAAGGAAACUGAUGAUGACAAAAAAGGUAGUCCAACUCCUGUUGAGGAUACAAAGCCAACAUCAGAAGACAAGAAGCCUCGUGAAGGCAUCACUGAUCAAGUCUCUGAUAUGAAAUCGGUAACGCCAACGGCACCAAGUACCGUCAGUGUCAAAACGAUUACACCUGAAUUGCACGUAAUCAAAAAGCGCAGUGUUCUCGAUGACAAGAGUCCAGAGUCUGAUGAAGUGAAGAAAAGUCCUCAUGAACCCAAAGCACCUCAGUCGGAAAAACUUACAAGCGUUAAAGAUGAUAGCCCAGAGUCAGAAGAAAUGAAAAUUGAGCGUCCUAGCAUCGUACAAGAUGAACAUUCAGGUUCUAAAUUGGAUUCGAAGAUUUCUGAAGAUCAAACCAAGCCAGAUGUGAAAGUUACUCCCGUAGUGGUACCGACGACUGAUGAAAGCAAAGAUAUUCGUCCCAAACAGUUGGAGGAAGAAGUGGUAAUGAUAACGGAUGCGAAGAGAACAGAGAUCGAGGAAUAUAUUAUGGAAGAAUACAUUAUUAGAGGCAGAAAAUUAACGCGAGAGAUUGUAGAAGAGAUUGUGAUGAAAAAAGGAGUACCCAGAUAUAUAAUUUUGGAAAUCAUUGAGGAAAUAAUCAUCAAACGAAGAAUUUCACGAGUAUCGGUAAUUGAUUUUCAUGAUGAGGAAACAUCCGAUAAGGAAGGUCUUGAACCCACUGAUCGAUCGACGACUUCUUCAAUCAGUGAGAAGGAUGAUAUAAGGCUGAGAAAAUCGUCUGAAGACAGAUUUGAAAUAGUUACUGGCAAGUCAACUCCAGAGAUUUCAUCCGCCAAGGACCAGACGAUAGAUUUCUCUGGGAAAUCUACUCCGGAUUUGAAAUCGUCUUUGCUUUCUGAGAAGUAUUCCGACAAGUCUGGAUAUUCUUCUCCGGAUAUGAGACAAUUCGACGAAAGGUCUGGAAAAUCGACUCCAGAUUACAGAACAGAAUAUGAAAGCCAAUUUCACAAAGCAUUUAUUGGAGGGAUGACGGAAAUUAGAACUACGCACAUCACGACACUGUCCGGAAAGUCAACACCAGACUUUGGCGCAGGACGUGACGAUACACCAGAACCAAAAUCAGAAUCGUGUGAACUGAAAUCAGACCAUUUACCUGGUGGACCUUUCGACACGGCCAUCCAUGACACCAAAAUUGUACCAUCAGAAGAAAAAUCAGCCGAGACUGUUCCAACUACGCAUGUUGACCCAGAUUCACACAAAGCAAAAGUUCCCGAGGUAUCAUCAGGAACAAAAACCACAGAUUCAGAACAUUCGAGUCCGGAGAAAACUUCCGAACAAUCAACAUUUAUUACAACAAUUUCGGAAAUAACCAAAGCAAAAUCUGAGCUGGUUACUAAAAUCAGUGAAUCUUUAGCAUCUUCCACUUCUACGGUAACAAACAAAACAGUUGUGUCUGAACACGAAUCGAAAGCACCUUCCGGUUCACCUGUUCCAGAAGAUACCAUCACAUCACCGAGUACCAUUACCACGGUAAAGACGUCCGAAAUUGAAUCGGACCCCGAAGCAAUCACUAAGGUUAUCAAGCGUCAAAUUGAAACUCAUGAAACUCCUGAAACUGAAAUAAUAAUCAGAACGGUACGACAUGUAACUGAAGUCGAAGAAGAUGAAGCUAGUGUUACUGAAACCUCAACUACCGUAACGAAGACUGUCGAAGUUGAAUCAGAGCCAGAAAUUAUUACCAAAGUUAUAAGAGGUGAAAUCGAAUCGCAUGAGCCUUCGGAGACGCAAGUGAUUACUAGAACUAUAAAACACGUUACAGAAUCGGAAGAAAGUGCGCCGCAAAUCACUACAAAGGUCAUAAAACGCGAAAUAAUCCAACCUGCAGAUGAUUCAGUAUCACAUAGUCUUCCUGGUACUAAGCACCAGGUCCAGGGAUACGAACCGGAGGCAAUGGAUACUAUUACGAGAACCAUUAGACACGUUACCGAGAUCGAGGAAGGAGAACCAGAAAUUAUCACGAAAGUGAUAAGGCGGGAAAUUGUUGAAUCUGAUGAUGCCACUGAACUAGAAUCGGAAGUAAUCACGAGGACGAUCCGGCGUGAAGUAGAGAUGCAUGAACCUUCGGAAACGGAAGUGAUUACGAGAACAGUAAAGCACGUUACCGAAGUUGAGGAAACUGACCCAGAAAUCAUCACGAAGGUAAUAAAACGAGAAAUUGUUGAACCUAGAGAUGAGAUCGAACUCGAGCCAGAAAUAAUCACAAGAAUAAUCCGGCGUGAAGUAGAGGAACAUGAACCUUCAGAAACCGAAGUGAUCACGAGAACCAUCAGACACGUGACAGAAAUCGAAGACGAUGAGCCAGAAAUUAUCACAAGAGUUAUUAGACGAGAAAUUCACAUUCCUGAUGGUGAACAACACGAUGUGGAUCACCCUGAAGGAAAAUUGGAAACAUCUGAGAUUAUAACUAAGUCGAUAAAGACAUCAGACGCGCCACCGGAAACAGUAAAAAGAAUAAUCAGUCGAGAAGGUACCCCAGAGGUUACUGAAACUAUUACAACUAGGACAACAAAGACGAUAAUUUCCGAGGCUGGUCCCCCAACAGAAACAAUAACAAAAACAACAACUACGACUGUAACUUCCGAUAUUGAGAAACCGGAACUAAUCACUCGCAUCAUAUCACGCGAAGGCACACCAGAAAUCUCAGAAACUAUUACAAGAACGACAAAAACAACUUCGUCGGAUGCUGGGCCUGAGUACAUCACCAAGAUCAUCAAUCGCGAAGGAACGCCAGAAAUUAUAAAAACUUCUGACGUCAAACGAAUCGUGACAACGGUGACAACGGUUACGGGACCUGAUGGGGAAUCUGUUACAACAAAGGAUGUAAAGGAGAGCAGUGACAAGUUGGACAGCGAAGACUUGCUGGAGAAAUUGAUCGAUUCUUCUUCCGGCGAAACCAAAACCAGCGAGGAGAGAUUCGUUAGCGAGACUCCAGACGGACUCAAAACGGAGGAGAUAAUAAAGAGAACAGUCACCACAGUCACUUCCAGUUCAGGAACAUCCACUCCAGACGUGAAGACGUUCGUUGACUCUGAAAAGUCAACACCCGAUCACAAACAAGAUAUGAAAAUUAAAACUCCGCCCAAGGAAGAUACGGCCAAGCCAAGUUCGGAAAUAUCCAGCGAUAAGUCAGGACCAGAAAUUCCAUCUUCACAUUUGAUAAAAGAUAUCAUUUCCGAGGAUAGAAGCUACUCUGGAAUGUCAUCGCCUGAUAUUUCGCUACCAAAGGAUUUAAUCUCGAUCGGAUCUACCGGAAAAUCAACUCCAGACAUUCCCGUAUCUCCGUUAAUCCGAGAUCCGACUUCGAUUCAAGGUAGAAUGUUAUCUGGAAGGUCUACACCUGAUAGAAAGUCUGAAGGAAGAUCCCGGACCGCAACUCCCGAAGGAUUCCGGUCCGGUGAAACGAUCAGAACGAUCAUAACCACGACGCGAACAAUGUCUGAAGAAGGCGACAUCAUAACCGUGACAAAGGAAGUUACAGAGAGUACUAACGAACAGGGUGAGACGGUGGUACUCGAGGAGAAGACUAACGUUAUACGAGACGAUAAACUACCCAGCAAAGAUGCAGGAGAGACUGCGAUCAGCAGCGUUAUUGGAAGCAUCAAGGCCUCGGAGUUAAAGAGGGGGUCGAGUCCUGGUUCCGACGUCAUGAGCGACCGAGAUAUCGGUCCGAUGAGUCCCAGGAGUGACAUUAGUAGCGGACAUAGUCGUGCAGCAACUCACGUCUGGGGAAGCAGCGAGGAAAGGCACACCUACUCAGACGAUGAACCACCCAGCUCGCCACUCAGUGCGACAUCCCAGUUCGGCUGCUCCCCUCAGCCACCAAGACACGAGUCGCCCAGGUACGAUUUGCCGCAGCUACCCCGUUACGAGUUGCCCUUCGACAAGGAGAAGGAGCACAAGACAGAGGGUAUCCAGAGUUCGAUGAUGAGCGGAAGCUUCUACGGUGAGCUUCCAGUUGAGCCAGGCACAACCUCGUCGACCAAGACUUCCCACACCAUGCCGAAGAACAGCGAACCGAUACCGAUUCAGGGUGAAUACUCAGUGAUGAAGAAAAGGUUUAUGGUUGAGAAGGAGUACGCCGGAGGCUACGACUACAGAGUCGAAGCGAAAAAGUACGUCGACGACGCGGACCUCGACUUUGACAAAGCGAUGAUGGAGCACAGGGAAAAGCGUGGCGAGGACCUCGUCUCGCAUCACUAUUCAAACGGUGCAUCGGCCACGGUUUACACGAACGGUAAUGCUUCUGGUAAAGAUGCGACCACACCGACUACCGUUGAGACAAAGACAGUUGGUGAGAAGAAGAAGAGCGACCCAAUGGCCGCUUCAUUCAGCGCAGAAAAGGAAGGCGAGGAGGCCGGAAAAUCCGGAAAAGAUCCUCUUGAGGGUUGGGGUAAACCCCUCUACCUCCCGUCGCCCAAGCCGCCGAGGAAAUUCAACCUUCAACGACCAGUCGCCUCCACGAGCUCGGAGGAACUCAAUCCGGACAGUCUGAAGUUCGACGUGAUCAACAAUUGGGGAGAACCGCUGAGGCUUCCUUCUCCUGCCCCGGCCCCAACGAACGAGCUUCCGAAUAACGGAACUCCCGGAACGCCGAAGAAGGAGAGAAAACAGCCGAAAAAAGUGGUCUCGGAAAAUAACAAGAACAAAAAACGCUCAGAGAGCCCGAACAAAGUUGACAAGAAAUCAAAAGACACGAAGAACAAGGUUCAGCCAGUCUACAUGGAUCUAACCUACGUUCCUCACCACGGCAACUCCUUCUACAGUUCACUCGAGUUCUUCAAGCGAAUUCGGGCUCGGUACUACGUCUUCAGCGGCACAGAACCCAGCCGAGAGGUCUACGACGCUUUGCUCGAAGCGAAAAAGACUUGGGAGGACAAAAAUUUGGAAGUGACCAUGAUCCCGACUUACGACACCGACACUCUCGGCUACUGGGUCGCCGACAAUGAGGAGGCGCUUGCGGCGAACCACAUCGACCUCUCACCCUCAGCUUCUCGCUGCACAAUAAACCUCCAGGAUCAUGAGACUAGUUGCAGUGCCUACCGCCUCGAGUUCUAGGGAUUGGCAGCAUGCUCGGCCGUGAUAGUCGAGUUCUAGGCAGUCUUGUCAUUCAACGUCAACGCAAACUGAGCCUAGACUAGCGUAUGCCACGUAAGGAACUGGAGAUAAAGUUGAAAAAAAAAAAAAGAAAAAUGAAACAGCAAAGUAAAAAGUGCACUGACUCUAGGUCGGUCGCUCCCUGCCGGGGCCCGGACAAGUUUAUGCCCAUUCAAAAAACAAGGUAAAGAAUCAUCCGAAUUAAUAAUAAGCCUGUAAUCGAUAGUAUGUAUAUUUAUAUUUGCAAGUAUAUAGCUUGAGGCUAAAUGGAAUAGGUCGUACUCGAGAGAGAUUCAUUAUACCGACAGAAUAGAAGCUCGAGGAUAUCUAGGCAAACGCUUAACAUAUUUGAUCAGGUUGAUCGUGUAUACGAAACUCGCAUUUCAAUUCCUCCGGGUCACGGCACGGAAAUUCUCUGUAUAUUAGAUCGUGAUCAAGAUAUAGGAUUUUCAAAUUCCCGGAUGUGAUUAGCCAAGUAUAAAAUAGCGAAUGAAAACGUGCAGGUAUGACAGUCAAAAGAGAGAAUCCAGGAAUCUUUCCUCUUCCCUGUAGCAAGACCCUUAAUCGAAGAUCUGACGUAGCCACUGCUCUCUACGAGCAAUUAUGCGUUAGUUGUAAUAAUAAUAAUAAUAAUGAACCUUUGAAGUUACCUGAACUAAGCCCCAAUGUUGUUAAAGCAUGAAAGCAAAAGAAAAAGAAAAUAUAAUAAUAAUAAUAUUGUUAGACCAACAUUAUAUCGUGCGAAAAAACAUCUAUAUGUCUUUAAAAUGAGUAUAUUGUCGUAAAUGUCUAUACAUAUAUAACAAUAUAUAAAUGGUUAUAUUUACACCAAGAAAUAAUGUUACCUAUUAUAAUAUUAUUAUAUGUCUUUUUAGAGAGAUAAUCAACAGUUUACCAAUACAAAAUCCAAAAAAAAAACGAAAAAAAAAGAAACUGGUCGUGGUUACCUAUAAACGCGAUCAUCUAUAUAUUAUAUGACGUUGGCAAAACGUAUAAAUAUGUCCUUUGUUGACUGGCAGACAGUACUAAUAUAUUAUAAUAUAAUAUAACAUUUCACUUCAUCCAGCUAUUGAUUAUACAUACUUUGGACUUAAAUAUAAUAAAACUGUUUGAAUCCAGGUUUACUCUCGUGAAAAUAAAAAAAUCGAUUUGACUUUGCAAAUUCCAUGCAGAAGAAAGAUGUACGUUAUACUGUCGUAUGAAGUUUCAAUUGUUCCAUCCAAAACGACAUCCUAUACGCAUAAUUCAACCUAGACGAUCAAAACUCUGUAAUCAUAGACUUAUAGACGUGAGCUCCGCCAACUUUCGAGAUUCAAAGUUUACGGGUUUAAAGUGCUUCGCAUACGUUUCGCAAAUUUGCGCCGUACCGGGGGAGAGGAUCUCGAGAGUUUACGGUGUUCAUUUACUCGGACAAUUUUCACCUCGAUGCCAGACCAUAAAUUAAAAAAAAAUAAAAAAAAAAAAAUGAAAGAUGAUAGAGAAACAAUAUUAAAAAAUGAAGAACAAACUAACAAGUAAACAAAAAAAAGAAGUGAAAAAAAACACAAAACUGUAACCGUAGAAUCGAUACAAACUUUUUGUACUUAUUGCUCUGUCAGCGACGAGUGCUUGAGAAUAGCGAGGCAAAUUUCAUCUACUAUUUCACAUAAUAUAUAUUGUGUUAUUGAUGAGUCGAUACAUCGGCGAAGUAGGUUUUUUGACCGCGUCUUUGUUCGUAUGGAAUGUUACAGGCUUUUUCAAGCAAUUUUAUUUCUUUGCCUUCCGAGUUUGGUACUACCGUUUUAUUUUGUUAAUUUGUCGUUUCAUUUUAUCCCGUCCCGUGCAAUGACGUAAAAAAUGUUCAACACGAAAUUUCGUGAGGAAAAGUCAAAAUAUAUUUUAUCGAUUAUACACCGCUGCAUUUAUAAUUACCAUGAUUAUUAUUAUUAUUAUUAUUGUUAUUAUUAUUAUUAUUAUUAUUAUGUAGCUAUGGAAAAGGCAUGUAAUUCGUGUAGUAUACGGGGCGAGGGGCGAAUGUUGUCGGUUUGUGUUCGUUCCGACAUCGUCGGCUUUCUCGUCCGCGAGACAAUUGACUCAUUUUUUCAAGUUAUUGCAUAAUACGUAUUAAUAGUUAUUAUAUUAGAAAUUUAGGAACUAAAUCCCGUUGAGCUGAUUGAUAAUCUCGCGCGCGCACCUUACGUGUGGCGCAAAUAUAUAGAAAAUGUGAUUUUAGAAUGCUAAUAUAUAAUAUAAAUAUUAUAUAGAAAAAAAGAAAAAGAGAUUGAGAAAAGAUGAAAAAAAAAAAAAAAGAUAAAAAAAAAAUGAAAAAAUAUAAACGACGGAUAAUUCGUACGUAAAUUUGCGUACUAUGUAUAAUGUGCUAAGAAUAAUAUGACUAAUACGGAGUCUUAGGGAUUAGCGCGCGCGCGAGAUUUUUAUAUCGCUAACAACGUGAAAAGGAACGUAUAUAAAAUAGUAUUUAAUAGUAAGUUUUCUACCGCCCGCCUACUUUCGUGGUAUUUUUUCAAUUUUCUUUUCGCCACCGCGCUCUUACACGAAAACCCUAUAUACAUUAUAUUAUCUUAUAUUAUUACAUUUAAUUAUCGUUAUCCAUUGUUGAUUACAAUUAUUUAUAUAUCAUUAUUUAAAAUUUUAACGCUAUAUAUGUGUGUAUAUGGACAUAUGCACACACAGAUUCGUACACGUACUAUUACCUAUAUUUACUAAAUAUUGCUAUACCGCUAUUGUUGUUGUUGUUAUUAUUAUUAUUAUUAUUAUUAUUAUUUUAUUUCUAUUUCUAUUUUUCUUUCAUCUAUUAUUAUAUACGACUAUUUAUUUUUUAAUUCGAGCAAAAAAAAGAAAAAAGAAAUUAGGUAUCAUAUACGUACAUGCACUAUUAUACCUAUAUACCUGUUACACUAUGCGCGUGGAGGCCGAGUAUUAUAUUUUGGAAUGCCACGGUUUGAGUCAAAUAUUAUUAUUAUUACUAUACACACGUAUUUAUAUGUAUAUAUACAUAUAUACAUAUACAUAAUAUCUAUGAUACAAACUAUAAAACAAACGUUAAAAAACAAAAACCGCUAUAAUCGAAUUCGUAUGGUAACUACUUGAAAAUUAAAUACCGCAAUAGGUAUAUAAAAUAUGCAUAUUAUUUCGAUUGUUAUAUUUGAGUGUAGAUACGCGAUUAAAAAGUGGAAAUGCAACCGUCGUAACUAACAAUGUGUUACAUUGAACCUUGUGUUGUGAUUUUACGUUUUUAAAAGCGGAUAACUAAUUGGUUCAUUUGUUUUAAUUGCUUUGAUGUUUGAAAAUUUUUUAAAUAUUGUUUUGUCUUACAAUUGAAUUCGUUGGAUUUGAUUAUCGAUUGAAAAAAAAAAUGACCAGCUAUUUAGGUAGGAUGUUGAUAUAUAUAAAAAUAAUUGAAUUGUCGAUUGAAAUCUAUAUAAUUAUUAUAUACAAUUUGAUGAAUUGAAGAAAAAGGAAUAAAUAAAUAUUAUAAUUAGGUGCGAGCUUUCAAAGAUAUACUUAUAUAGAGUGAAUCGAAUACGAGGAUUGAAGAUAAGAGAGAAAAAUUUUAAUUAAAAAAUAAUCAUGAUAAAGAAAAAGAGAAACGAGAAGACGAGAAAGAAUAAUACGGUUCGAUGAGAGAUCGAAAAUGGAUGCAGUACGAGCCCCACACCUUAACGAAAAAUAAGCCGUUUCGAAACGAAGGGAGAUUAACAGUUUCGUGAUACCGUAAUAGUUCCUCUUUUUUGUUGUGUACCCUUAAAUAUACCUGACAUGUAUAUACAUAUUAUUAUCGUCGUUGUGAACAUUAUUAUACUAUUAUCGAUAAUUCUUAUUUUUUCUUCUGUUCUCUUGCUUCACACUAGUCUGACUAUGAGCCGAUUGGCUACUGCUAACUGUUAUCAUUUUUAUUAUUGUUAUUAUUAUCAUUAUCAUUAUCAUUAUUAUUAUUAUUAUUAUGACUUCUAUACUACUACUGCUACUGUUAUAUUGUACAAUUACUACUAUACCUAUAAUAACUGCGAUGCGUGCAGUUUAUCAUUACUUAAGUAACCGAUCAACCGAGGUUGGACAUUUUGUCCUGUUCAUGUGAUUAUCUACUAUGAUUCUUAUUAUUACGUUAAUUAAUUAAUUAUCGUAUAAGAAUGCUGCAACGGACGUCGAAAGGGGGAAAAAAAAAAAUAAGAACCGCAGCAAUGAAAACGAGAGAAAAAAAAAUAUUGCAAAGAAGCAUGUGCAUUUACUAUAUAUAUAUAAUUAAAACUUUAUACAUGCAAAAAUGUUCCUCAAACAUUCCAAAGUCUAUAACUAUGUGGAUAACUCGAGGCUCUAGUCAAACUGAUGAGAGUAGUCGUUUCCUGUGGCUAACGUGCUGCUGAAAAUGUCGAUUCAUCUAGUCACCGGUGAAAACGCGAGUAUUAAUUUGUAAAACAAUGAUUAAAUCUCUUUUUAUCAAAAUAAUCACCCUAUUAAGAUUUUUGAACAAAGCCUGCACUGGAUCAAUCGAAUAUAAUAAUCCGAGGUGAAAAUGAGUUUCACAAACUGUUAAUCCCUCCCGAAACGGUGCGUGCAUUUCGUUUUACGAACGGAUGAAUUCAAAUUAAUACGUGGAGUGUUCAUGGUGCUAUGAUUAUUAUUAGAAAAAAAAAAAAAAAAUUAAAAAAUUAAUAAAUAAAUGAUUAAAUAAAAAAUAAUGAAUAAUAAUAAUAAUAAAAGUAAUAAUGUUAUGCUAUAUUAUGAUAAAUGAUAAUGUAAUAAACGAAAAGUACACUAUACCUUAGAAUGCCUUGCCCAAAGAAACAGGUUCCGAUAUGAUACCGCAAUCUUGUUGUAUCUCUAUAAAAUUUAAACUAAAGCAAAAAAACCAUCAUAUUGUCCUUACCAAGGCAUUUCGAAACCUUUCUUUUCGUUUCUAACUUCUCAACUUCUUACGAUUUCUCCCGUUGUAUAGACUGUCACUGUAACAUUUUUAUUAUCCAAAACACGAGGCACUCAAUGAUUAGUGCGAUAUUUUUUCUCUUUGGUGACAGUUUUGAUUUUGUAUUAUCGCAUUCUUCGAAAUACUGAUUCUGCCGCCAAUAUCCUGAACUCCGAAAACGUCUGACGAUAAGGCUAGGAAACUACCGAAGCUACGAGCAUAAAAUAAUUCCAAAAUAAAACGAAACUGGAAACAUCUCGCGUUGGUGAAAUGUGAGGUGAAAUUUGGUGCAAUGAAUUCAACACCGAAUUUGAAAUUGAAGAUGAAAUCGUCGUAAAGUGUACUUUGAACGUUCAAACGCCAGUCAUUCCUCCGACUGGAAUUUGAAACGCUGAAAAAAGGAUGCAUGCACUAAAAUUAAAAGAAAGUGCGGAACAAAAAAGAGCAUCAUCUGCCAAAAACAAAAAAAAAAAAAAACAAAUAAUCGACGUCGGUAUCACUGCAGAAAUUAUU